GACCCCUCUAAACAAGGCGGGAAUCAUCUCCAGCAUCCUUCAGGUGGAGCAAACUGCCAGCAAAAAAGAAAAAGAACAGCCAGCGAGUCAGAGCGCUGAGGGUGAAGGAGGGGUGUGAGCUGGUGGGUGUCGCUGGUGAUGUCACACCUCCCAAACAGCCGCGAUUGGACCCUAAUUAGAAAUCUCAGCAGCAAAUAGAUAGGCGUCCCGCAUGAUUGAGUCCAAAGUGGCUGAUGCCCCCCUAAAUUUCUGCAGAGGUGCGGCAGAGCUGGCGGAGAGGCACGGGAGUGACGGCGGCUGCUCCGCACACACACAGACGCUGGAGCUGGACUUCCAGAGGUGAUACAGGAGGAGCAGACGCGACCUCCUCCUCUUUCUCACACACACACACACACACCUCCCAGGCGUGGAGGGGACCAUUAAAGGGGUUUACUCGUAGCGGACGGCGCUGCGUUGGACGGGGGCUGCGGAGGCGAGACAAAGUACCACCAAGGAGAGGCGCGCCGGCGGCUCCAAGUUGUUCCCGUGCGUCGCUCCGGAGGCUGCGCAGAUGGCAUCCCUACUUGGGAACGGCGGCCGCGCGGCAGGUGCGCAGGCUGGACAAACGGCAAAGAUGAAGCUGAAGCGGAGACGGAGGAGGCGGUCGAAGAGAAGAGCAGAGAAAGUCAGCAUGCUGUCUGCAUUGAUCGCACCCUUCAAGUACAAAAUCCCUGGGACAGGAAAUAUGGAGGACGAGGACAGUUUAAGCACCAGCAGCGCAGAGGUAAAGGAAAACAGGAAUAUUGGUAACUUGGAGGACUGUUCCAUUGGUUCCGGAGAGCGGCAGCCCCUUCUCUGUUCGGACUCGGCGAGAAGUGGGAGCUCCGGUCUAAAGAGGAAGCGGCCUCUCGAGGAAGACAACAACGGGCACUUGUGUCAGCUACGACUCAUCUAUAAGAAACUCUCCUGGUCUGAAGCUCCAAAGAAUGCACUGGUGCAGCUUAACGAGCUCCGGCCGGGUCUGCAGUACCGCAUGGUGUCCCAGACGGGGCCCGUCCACGCUCCCGUCUUCUCCAUUGCGGUGGAGGUUAAUGGACUGACAUUUGAGGGGACAGGACCCACGAAGAAGAAGGCUAAGAUGAGGGCUGCUGAGCUAGCCCUCAAGUCCUUCAUCCAGUUUCCAAACGCUCCUCAGGCUCACUUGGCCAUGGGAAACAUCUCCAACCCUACGGCGGACUUUACUUCAGACCAGGCGGACUUCCCUGACACACUUUUCAAAGAGUUUGAGUCUUCGUCGUGCUCAGACGGCCUCUCACUCUGCAACUCAGGCAGCGAAAGUGAGUUGCUGUCCAGCGAGCUGCUGUCCAGCGAGCUGCUCCGACAUGGACGCCUGCUCCGCCACACGUUGGACCUCAUGGUGCAGGCUCAGCAGAGGCUGGGGGGGAUCGUUCCUGAGCCGGACGCUCCUAAGGGCCCGGUGGCUAUGCUCAACGAGCUCCGACCGGGCCUGCGCUACGCCUGUCUGUCAGAGCGAGCCGAGGGCAGGCGGCUGCGAAACUUUGUAAUGGCGGUGCGCGUGGACGGGCGAAUAUUUGAGGGCUGCGGACGCAGCAAGAAGCUGGCCAAGACCCAGGCAGCGCAGUGUGCCCUGCAGGCGCUCUUCAACAUUAGAUUAGCCCCCGAGGGUAGGACUGGCCUCAAAGUCAGCAGGAAAUCCUGUCUUCAUUUACCCCAGGAUUUUGCCGAUUCAGUAUUUUACCUGGUGAAGGAGAAGUACCGGUUGCUGGUGGGGGGCUGCAGUCCCGCUCACACUCGACACAAAUCCCUGGCAGGCAUCGUAAUGACCCGAGAUUUGGACCUGAGGCGCGCACAGGUGGUUGCUUUAUCCACCGGCACCAAAUGCAUCAACGGGGAAUACCUGAGUGACCAAGGACAAGUGGUCAACGACUGUCACGCUGAAGUCACCGCGCGCAGAGCUCUGCUGCGGUUCCUCUACUCUCAGCUGGAACUCUUUUUGAGUAAAAGGAUGGAGGACUGGGAGGAGUCGAUAUUCGUACGCCACAAAGAGCGCAGCUACAGGCUCAGAGACGACGUCCACUUCCACUUGUACAUCAGCACAUCGCCGUGUGGUGACGGGAGGCUCAACUCGCCCUAUGAAAUUUCCACUGACUUGCACAGCAGCAGACACCUUAUGAGGAAGCACCGGUGCCACCUGCGGACCAAAAUCGAGUCGGGCGAAGGGACGGUGCCGGCCCGAUGCAGGGGGCCCGUCCAGACGUGGGACGGCGUCCUGCAGGGCGAGCAGCUCAUCACCAUGUCCUGCACUGACAAGCUCACAAGGUGGAACAUUUUGGGCCUGCAGGGAGCGCUGCUGAGCCACUUUGUGGAGCCGGUGUACUUGCACAGCGUGACUGUGGGCAGCCUGCGGCACACAGGUCACCUGAGCAGAGUGUUGAGUCAGCGGCAGGAGCGCCUGGGCCCACUUCCUGUCUCGUACAGACGCAACCAGCCCCUGCUGAGCGGACUGAGCAGUGCAGAGUACCAGCAGCCGGGAAAGGCCGCCUGCGUCAGCGUGAACUGGACUGUGGGUGACGUGCAGCUGGAGGUGGUCAACACAGUGACGGGUCGGAGGCGAGACUCGGGGGCGCCUUCCCGCCUCUGCAAACACGCCCUGUUCACUCGCUGGAGUCGGCUGUACCGCAAGUUGGGGAUCCACGCGUCCGGAUCUGCGGACGGUCAGCUCAUGUACUACGAGGCCAAGAUGGCGGCGCGCCCCUACCAGACAGCCAAGCAGCAGUGGUUCAGGUCCCUGCAGGAAACGGGCCUUGGUACCUGGGUCAAAAAGCCCCCAGAGCAGGAGCACUUCCUGUUGUCCAUCUGAGUUGGGGGGGCGUGUUUGUGUGUGCGAGCUGGCGUUUGUGUGACCUUUAGUUUUUAUUUCAAGGGGGUAAGAUGCCACAUUUUCAGCAUGUCAGGCUCAAAUGGGACAAAAAGCACCGGGAGGGGGGGUGGGACUCUUUUCUCCGGCUGUGCUUUGAGCUCACAUGCACCCCUUCUUCGCCUGUCAAGGAAGGGUGGGGUAACCUUGAGCGGAAUGAAAGGCAGCCGCUAUCUUGUCAUCAGCUAUUUCCGGGCCCCAAAGCUCCCGCUGAGGAGCAGAGCCACAGGAGAAAGACAGCGAGACAGACGGAGACGGAGGGAAAGAAGGGAAAGAAGAAAAAAAAAAGGGGGGCCCACGUCCAAUUACCGGCCCUGUCAGGGUGACGGCUGAUGGAAAAGGAGCAAGGAGGAGGACAGACGGCAGCUUCUUUUUCCAUUUCUAUCUUUGUCCUUCUCCUAACUCACCCUUUUACUCCGGCGCUUGUCCCCUUUUGUCCCCCUCUUCUCCCCACACCUGAAAUAAGUGAAUCCACGACAAAAAGAGUUUCUCAGGAGACGCUACUCGUCACCAAUGAGAGACUCCUUCCAGGGCCGCGAACCCACGCGGCCUCCCCACUCCGAGAAAACUUUCAACAGAACACGUGACCGUGUAAAUUCGUACGUUGGGAGUAUUUCGUCGUCGGACUCCUCCAUCUGUUUCACUGUGUGACGUCCUGAUGCAGCUCAGUGUUUGUAUUCAUCACCUUUAUGAGCGUGCUCCUGUUACCGCCUGGAGACCACCGCCAGCAGCUGAGAGGAAAAUAUUAGAAGUUAGAGCGACAUCUGGUGGUGUCACAGUUGAUCUGCAACCGUGUGCUCCGGAGGUUUGACAGCAGCAGGUUUGAUCCAGGUGUGACUUUCAUUCCAUUUCUCCAUCACUAGAGAGUUUUUUUUUUUUUUUUUGGUAAGUUUUGUGUCUUUUAUUAAUAAAGUAAAACCCAACUGUG